AUGUCUAAGAACAAUCGCUUAUGUGAUUGGAUGAUCAGCAUCGAUAAUUGUUUUUAUAUUGGAUGGUUUGGUGUUGUGAUUCUUACUUUAUUGACUGUAAUUUGAUUUAUUAUUGCUUUUAUCAUUGUUCUUUUCGUAGAUAUUGAUGGUAUUCGUGUGCCUGUUUUUAGAUAUCUACAUUAUGGAAACAAUAUCAUUUCUGGUGUGAUUAUUUCUAUUUUUACGGCUAUAGGUUUGCAUUUUUAUUCGAUAUAGGAAGCAGUUUCUAUUGAUGAAUGGUUAUACAAUGGUGGUUCUCACGAACUAAUUGUUCUAUAUUUCUUACUUGGUGUAGCUUGCUACAUGGGUCGUGAGUGGGAACUUAGUUUUCGUUUGGGUAUGCGUCCUUUGAUUGUUGUUGCAUAUUCAACUCCUAUUGUAUUCGUUACUAUUGUUUUCUUGAUCUAUCCUAUUGGUCAAGGAAACUUUUUAGAUGGUAUGCCUUUAGGAAUUUCUGGUACUUUCAAUUUUAUGAUUGUAUUUCAGGCUGAGCAUAAUAUUAUGCAUCCAUUUCACAUGUUAGGUGUAGCUGGUGAAAUUGGCGGCUCCCUAUUCAGUGUUAUGCAUGGUUCCUUGGUAACUUCUAGUUUGAUCAGGGAAACCAUAGAAAAUGAAUCCGCUAAUGAAGGUUACAGAUUUGNUCAAGAGGAAGAAACUUAUAAUAUUGUAGUUGUUCAUGGUUAUUUUUGGCGAUUGAUCUUCCAAUGUGCAAGUUUUAACAAUUCUUCUUUACAUUUCUUCCUAGCUACUUGGCCUACAGUAGGUAUUUGGUUUACUCGUCCAAGAGGACUCGAAGACACUUUAUUAACAAAUCGAGAAGCUAGCAUUGGUGUUGCUCAGGGUCACCUGUCGACUGCUAAGGUGGACAUCAAGCAUAUCCUACGCGAGAAGAACACUCAGGCAGACAUACUAUCUAAGCUGACGAGUGGAAGGGAGAAGGGUUAUAUGUCUACCAUAAUUAGACAACUGCUUACGAAACCCUGUGUAGAGUUUUUAUCCACCUCAUCAACCAGGAGCAAAGACAAGAGGGAGGAGAUUAAGUUGUUUAUGAAGAAGCAAGACAGUGGGAAAGUUAUCAGUUUUGUUGAAAGUAAGAGGAUUGUUUGGUAUGUUUUUGUAGGAGAUGACCUUUACAAGAGGGGCUUCCCCACCCCUCUUUUGAAGUGUGUAUCUUUUGAAGAAGUUGAGUACAUGCUGAACGAGGUCUACAAUGGCGUGUGCGGUCUACAUAUCGGGCAACGAGCAUUGAAGGCAUGA